UCCAUUUUAUUAUCGUUUUGCUACACCACUGUCCACAUUAUUUCUUUAUGUAUGCCUGUAAUCCAAAAAACAUUCUUUUUUUUUCCCCGAGACCCACCUCCUUUCCAAACGUGCAGUUCACACGCCCGGGCCUCUGCGUGUCUGUCUCGAGCUUCUGGAGAGGGCGCGUUUCAUUUUGCAUGUGCUUACUUUUGGAAGGCCAAACUGGUGGUGUCCUGUCUUCUUUCAACUUCGAAUCUGCCGGCGUGGCUGGCCAGUUAAAAGCAGACUGAAAAUAGCGCAUCUCACACGACUGCCUCCCUUUCCCCUCCCUGCGAAAUCUUUCCACACACACCGAGCUCCCCACAGACACCCACAGCUGUGCGGAAAUGACACAGCAGACAUGCAGCGUCACGUCGCGUCGCGUCACGCGGGAGGGCACGCGCUGCAGAAAAACACGGCGGACAGGAACACGGACACCACGCAGCAAGCGCGGGGCUCGAAGCGAAUAUGAACCUGCCUGAAUACUCAACAGAUUCAGAAGGUGAAUUGUCCGACCAAGAGAGAAGGGGGAAAGAAAGUGUUAAAACAGAAAAAGAAGUGUGGGAUACCUCUAAUGAUGAUUCAGCAGCUUGUAAAACAAAUGAAACUAAUAAACUGGUCAAGCCAUGCUCAAGUCUGCAGAACUAUGGAAAACGAGCACAAACUGAACUUAGAGCAGAUGAUCCUGCUGAUGAGCAAGACUUCCCAAUAAGUACAAAGAGAGUGAAGGUUACAGAGGAUGACAUGUUUUCUAAUGAAACCACUGCAGAGGAGCUGCACAAUGAUCAGACAAUCAAGGAACAGUCAAGCAAAUCUAGACUUUCAGCCUUAACACCACCUUGUGAAAAUGAUUCUUCAAAUGAAACAACAAAAACAUCUUACAGAAAACCUCUCUAUGGUAUUUCACACAAAAUAACAGAAAAGAAGAAUGCUUCAGGAUUGGAACAGCAUAUUUUACAAGAGGUUCAAGACAGAGUGAACUAUAACAGUUUCAUAAUGACGAAAUCUCUAGGUGAACAUAACCGGAGAGAGUCUGGUUUAAUUAUGGGCACAACAACCGCAGAAAGUGACUCAAAUAUAUAUUCCUUAAUAGAGCGGAUGUUUUUUAUUCUGAACACACUAAACUCCAGCAUGACUCAGCUUCAUAGCAAAGUAGACUUGCUUUCACUUGAAGUCACCCGAAUCAAAAAACGUAUCAAUCCUGCUGAGCUGGUCACAGAAUUCAGCCCACCCCCUGAGUACCAGCUAAACGCAGAAGAGCUGAAGCAACUUAUGGAUCAGACAUCCUCAGCUGGGGAUCUGGCAUGUAGGUUAUUAGUACAGCUUUUCCCAGAACUCUUCACAGCAACAGAUUUUAACAUAAAUUGCAAUUCUUGUGGAAUAAUGAACAAAAAGAAAUUAAAUUCACUUCACUUACAGCUUAUUCGCAACUAUGUUGAAGUUUGUUAUCCAUUUGUUAAAAAUGACAGUGCCUGGCAGGUAGAGUGUCUACCUCAAAUAAAUGAUUUCUUCAAUAGAUUUCUGGCACAAAAAGAUAUGGAAAGUGGACCUCAGGGCAAAAAGUCAUCAGUGUCAGCUCAUUGUUAUGAACCAGAGCAAAGCCAGGGUUGUCAUUACAUUAAUACAGAAGGGGAGGAUGGGAAUUUGCCUUUGGAAUCUCACAGCAGUGUAACAUCAGACUUUGCUCUAGAUGCUCAAGAUGUUGUUGAUUAUCUGGAUGAAGCCUCGUCUCCUGGAGAUUUUGCAGUUUUCCUUAUGCAUCGACUCUUUCCUGAGCUCCAUGAGCAAGGCAAAACAGCUGAGAUUUAUUCCUGUUACAGUACUCCAGGAAAGCAAGUGCUUGAUUCACAGAGACUUCAGAUAAUCCGAAAAUAUAUGGAGAUCUACUUUCCAGAAGUUCAAGAAGAUGAGAACUGGUUUAAGCUUUGUGUUCAAAGAAUGGAUGAAGAACUGGAAGGGAUGCAGAACAAUGAAAGUGGUUCAGAGCACACCAGAGACGAAAGUUAUGAUUCAUCCAGUUUGCCUGACGAUGUUUCUGUUGUCAAAGUUGGAGAUAGCUGUGAAUUUGAAAAGCCAGGAAGAAGAUCUAAGAAGAUUUGGCUUGUUCCUAUUGAUUUUGACAAACUUCAGUUGGCCCCUCCAGAUUUUGAAGUUGCACCAGAGUAUAUACUGUCAAAAGAGCAGAUUAAAAACAAUUAUGAAUGUAGCUUGUCCAUUGGCAACUUUGCAUCCCGCUUGUUGGUUCAGUUAUUUCCUGAGCUCUUCACUUACGAAAAUCUACGAAAACACUAUAACUGUAGUGGAUCUUUGGGCAAAAAGCAGCUGGAUCCAGUGCGAAUAAAACUAAUCAGACAUUAUGUGCAGCUUUUGUACCCCAGAGCAAAGAAUGAUAGGGUGUGGACUUUAGAGUUUGUAGGCAAAUUGGAUGAGAGGUGCCGCAGACGGGAUACUGAGCAAAGGCGGUCUUACCAGCUACAGCGCAAGGUGUACGUACCAGAAUCCGAACAUCGAGAUCUUGUUAAUUAUCAUGUGAACCCAGAACGAUUCAGAGAAGAAUUUGAAGGGCCCACUCUACCACCAGAGAGAAGCACAAAAGACUUCUGUAAAAUACCACUUGAGGAGUUGAAUGUUCCUUCUCCUGAUUUCCCAGUGCCUUCUGUAUAUCAGCUUUCAAAUACAGAAAUUAGAGAGAUUGUGCAGCAGAGCCUGUCAGUUGGAAACUUUGCUGCUCGGCUUCUUGUAAGACUUUUUCCUGAGUUAUUUACUUCAGAAAACUUAAGACUGCAGUACAACCAUUCUGGUGCAUGUAACAAAAAGCAGUUAGAUCCUGUACGCCUCCGACUAAUUCGUCACUAUGUAGAAGCUGUUUAUCCUGUGGACAAGAUGGAGGAGGUCUGGCAUUAUGAGUGCAUUCCCAGUAUUGAUGAGAGAUGUAGGAGACCAAACCGAAAAAAGUGUGACCUAAUGAAAAAAGCAAAAAGAGCAAAAAGUACAUCUUAUUGAGUGAAAUUCAGUUGCAUAUUCAUUUAUCAUUGAAAAAAGUAGAGAUUUCACACAUAAUAAUAUAGUUAAAUAAGAUGAACUGUGAGGUGAAAGGAAAUACUAGCACAUUUGGAGCGUCGGGUAAAAACAUACUUUGAUUUGCGUUUGAACCAAAAUACUGCCUGUCUUUACAUUCCAAAGUAUUGGUUGUUUCUCAUACUUGCCUGUAGUAACAGUACACUGUAAAAAUCAUUUUUGCUAAAACCUUUCCAGAUAUUUUAUCACCUGCUAUCAUUUUAACUUUUUAACAAACAAUAACAUAAAUAGAAUUAACUUGUGGUUACAGAAAUAGUGAUUUUACUUUUUUAACUUUGAUAUUAAUCAAAAUUGGAAGCAGGAAAUGGGCAUUAAAACAUGCUUUGAUGUCAGCAACUGCCUAUUCGAACUAGAUUUAUUAGGAAAGCAACUAAAUAAACACAGAAUGUCUUUAGAUCAGUCAUUUUGGAACCAAAUGAAUACUUGACUUUUGAUGCACUAUAUACUAAUGAUUGUGAAAUAUGACUUAAUUCCUCCCCUGAAAGAUACAUUUUUGUUUUAUUACAGGGCAACAGACUAAUGCCUAAAAUCUCCAAAUAAUUCAAACAGUUUGACAAAUAAAUAGGUGAAGUCUGAAACAAAUAUUAGCAACAUAAAUGAGCAGUAGCUAAUAUUUAGAGCAGUUGUUUGUUUAGUAGCAAUAACUUGGGAAAGAAGCCACUUUUUUACCCUAAGCGUCUGUCCUUAAGUACAGGUUAAAAUGUGAUUUAAAAAAGAGAGUUUCACACUUUUAAAUUUCUCUGUUAUGUUUUAGACAAAUGUUAGAAAAUUAUUAUUUCUAAUGAAGGGAAAUUUUGUGGCAUUUGGUUCAUACUGCUUUUGGUUAUUUGCAGUCAAAUCAUGUAUGUGCGUUUUUAAAUAAACUGAU